GUGAGCUCCGAUCGGGACGUGUUCGAGUUUGACUUGAUCAAUUCGAUAACGUCGAAAAGGUCCUUAUGCUGGCAUAGCAAGGCUGAAUUGGCCUGCGGCGAAGCAGACUCAGAUUAGUUCUCGCGAAGACGUGCUCCACGGCAAUUGGACGCCACUGACAUAGCCCUCUGGAGCGUGGAGACCGGCGAUUGGCGAAAUGCAGAACGGCGAUAAAACAUCAUAUAAGGCCGCUUCUGCUCUUCACCGGUCGGCUUCCUUGGCGGCCAUGUCAUCUUUGUCCGACUUUUAUCCACUGCAAGCUAGCGUCGAUAUCCCAUAUUAAAAUUCUCCGGAUAGCAUGCGUUAAGUGUUGUUAUGGCCACUGUGACGCAUUCGCGAUUCCGGGCCACUGGCUCUAGCUUCGAGACAUCCGAGCAAGAUGAGGGUUCAUCGAACCAGGAAGACCACCAUGAUGCUGCCGAGCAGACGCUUGAAGCUCCAAAUCUCAUCACACGAAUUUGCACCCCGCACGUCAGAGCCUCGCCAAAACCUGUUCAGUUGGAUGGCCUUCGUGGAUACAUGAGAUUCGAUAGAGAUAUCGACAAGAAGACCCUAGACCGGUUCCGGGAUGUACAGGAAAGACUCCAGCAACCUCUGGCUCACUAUGUACGCAAAAAGGGUCGUAAAUCGGACUCUGCUGUCAUCCGGCUUAUGGUACUCGGGACUAACAGCACGGAUGCCAGACCUUGGAUCGUAGUCUUCUGUCCUGAGGAUCGAUGCAAACGAGUACGAAAGUUCUUCCAACAGGAUAUGGCUCAAUCUGUCUGCGCUUCUGCACACCCACAACAUUUUCGGUUCGAUGUUGCAGUGUGUGCUGGUCCUUGUGGCGGUCCCGUACAUUUUUCGGCUUUUGGCGCAGAACCGGCCUCAGCAGUUUGCGAUAUGCUGGAAGUCUACGGCGACUCGGCCAACGAGGGGGAGGAUAAAGAAACAUCAUGCGGCACUCUCAUCAAGCUAGAGUGCGGCGGCGGGGUGCGUUUCGCUACUCUUGGGGGCAUCAUCAAAAUUACCAAAUCAGACGACAGUUAUGUUUUGUGUGCCUUGACAGCUGGCCAUUUUCUGCCCUCUAGAGAUGCUCAAGCCACCAUUUCGAGCACCUCCCCUUCGGAUGCUUGUGACGAAAGCAGUUCCGACGACGAUGAUCAGAGCAUCAUGGAUGUGGACUCUAGUAUUGGAGACGUGGCAUCCCGUGGACAGGCUACACCACCGUCAUCCACUACCCGGGAGAGUGUCAUUAUCGAGGAAGGGAAAACUUGGCACAAGCUCGGAACCGUAUCGACCGCCUCAAGCUCAAACCAAGCGCUUGAGCAUGACUGGGCCGUGGUGGAAAAUAUCGAUCGCUCGGUUUUACUCCCGAAUUGGCCUACAGAACUACGGGGCUUGCAGCCGCCUUUCGAGCUAAUCACGAAGCGCGAGAUCGGAAUCGCGACGCAGCCGAAAGAGGUUGUCGUGAUGAGUAGCGCCGGCUUUCUAAAGGGUCAACUCUCUGGUCUUCCGACUAUGGUUCUAUUGCUCUACGGACAUAACUUCAUUGAGGUGUACAGUAUUUCGUUACUAGGUAGCUUAGCCCUUCCUGUGGGCACCUCUGGGUCUUGGGUUGUCGAUCCCCAAACCCUCGAAGUGUACGGGCAUGUCGUUGGCCAGGAUCCUCUCGGCGAUGUUGUGGUCGUGCCUUUGCACGAUACUCUAGAGGACGUCAAACACGUCCUCGGUGCGAAAACUGUCACCCUGGCAAGGCGAAUGGACAUAUCGCAAUUGGACUCAUCUAGCGUCGCUGAAGCGUUAAAGCCGGAGAGCAAUGGAGGGGCGAAGGCUCAGUAUAGCCUGCGUCCAAGCACUAGCACACCCCAGUCAUCCUCAACCGCCGGUACUGCAUCUUUGCCGCCAAAGGAUAACAAGCAAACGACGUCUCAGUCCAGUCUAGCCUCAAGCAGUACGAGCUGCAGGCUGGGGUGCCUUCGAAUGCGGACAUCAGAGAUGCGUUUGCUGUACGACACGAGAGAUCAUCCGUAAGGAUGGAGGACGGAAGUCAGCAAGGGAGCUCAAGUGGUCUUGCUGUCACUGCAGCCAGGACGAUAAUUCUUUAUUACAACAGUCAUUGCACGUGACUGUUAUUUAAUAAGGCACAUACCCCUGCAACUAGGAAUACCGGUCCUCGUACCGAACUCGAGGGCGGACCAGACUCUAUGGGGAAGCGGGAUCUGGAGAAAUACAGCGCGGCGACUUCAGCCAGGGGAAUAUAUAGCUAAGUCAAAGGGGCACUGGGCCAAACUGGCAAAUCUCCAGGCUUGAAGGAUCUG